AGGAAAAAAAAAUUUGAGAAACUGAAGGAACGAACGCGUAGCCUGAACCUUCAUCUUCAACCACAGGGCUGAGUCUUCAUGAUCAGAUCCCUCUUGUUUUCUUCCAAUUUCAUGCCCAUUUUCAGAACCACUGUCACUGCUCCGUCUUGCUUCCCGGGAUAUCACCUCCCUCUCUUCUGCUUCGCUGCUCGCUUCGCACCCAUCUCUACCUUUUAUUGCACAGGGAUUGGCGUUGGAAAUUCAGCUUCUUUUUGCAGUAAAUUCUGUUCAGUUUCUGCUAAGUCACCAUUUGUUAUGGAGCAAGUCCCGGCUGCAAAUGAGGUUCAACAGGUUAAACUGCUUGAUGCAACCAACGAUGAUCAUGGAGGUGUUAUCGUGGAGAUGAGCGAACCUAUGGACUCUGAGGUCUUUGUGCCCAUCCUUAGAGCUUCAGUUUCAUACUGGAAACAACAGGGCAAGAGAGGUGUUUGGAUUAAACUGCCUAUUGAACUUUCUAAUCUUGUUGAAGCCGUUGUUAAGGAAGGAUUCUGGUACCACCAUGCGGAGCCCAACUAUUUGAUGCUUGUGUACUGGAUACCAGGAGGAGCUCAUACUCUUCCCGUAAAUGCCACCCAUCGAGUCGGCAUUUGUGCCUUUGUCUUGAACGAAAACCAAGAGGUACUCGUGGUUCAGGAAAAUAGUGGAUUUUUUCGAGGGACUGGUGUAUGGAAGUUUCCCACAGGGGUUGUGGAUGAGGGGGAAGAUAUAUGCAGAGCUGCAGAGAGAGAAGUUAGAGAAGAGACUGGUAUCGACACACAAUUCGUGGAAGUUUUAGCCUUCAGACAGAGUCACCAAGCAUUCUUUGAGAAAUCAGAUUUGUUCUUCGUUUGCAUGUUGAAACCGUUAUCCUCUGAAAUAUGCAAGCAAGAAGCGGAGAUAGAGGACGCCCAGUGGAUGAAAUUCGAGGACUACUCCGCUCAACCAUUUAUUCAAGAACACGAAGUAUUGAGGUAUACUAACAAAAUUUGUGCCGCAAAGAUUCAGAAGCAGUACUCUGGAUUUUCUCCUGUGCUUACUUCCUCGGCGUUUUCAACCAAAAGCUACUUAAUGUAUUUAAACGAAAAUGAUCUGAAAAGGCAGUGAGGUUUCUUCAUCAGCCACGACGCCAUACUUCUUUAACUGCUCUGAGAUCAAUCCUCAUUUGAUUCAAAAUGUAUAUAUUUGCCGAGAGAGCAUGAAUCUUUGUUGCUAUUCUUCAUUUAUUUUUGCCACCGGAUCAGACCCAUGUUUCUAUUAUUUAAAAGUUGAAAGUUUGAUUUUGAAUACGAUAUGAUGAUUUUAAUGGCU